AGCUCUGCCUUGUAACAUGUGACAGAUAGUGGAGGUUGUCACCAACGCUGUGUGUCGGCGUGCAGAGGCCAGCAGAGGACUGAUAGAGAGGAUCGCUCGCCGCUCUCCACCUUUACAUAACAUCUGAGCAUGGGGAGCCCAUGUGGCGCACACAUCGGAUAUUAUCUUGCGCCCAACACCCCCUGAUCCCUCCUCCUCUUCCCGGAUCGUCCAACCCGUCCUGGAUCUCCGACAACUCCACACACCGAACAGAUCCGUCCAUGUGCGAACUUGUCUGGCGGAAAUAUAGAGAGUGUGAGCCGCUGUUUGUACAGAUCGGGGGGGUCGGCUUGUCCUGGGAUCGUCUGAUGAGAGGCAUGGCUUGAGACACCAUGGGGAACAAGAUCAAAGGAGACUUCUGCAGGUUGGAAAACUAUGAUAACAUUGCACAGUGGAGCGAUAGCAUCACACCACUGCUUCAGUCACUGCAAUGAAUGGGGACACUAUUCAACCUGAAAGUUCCUCCAUCCCUCAGGGCUGGAAUGAGUUCUGUGAGCUUCACGCCAUCUCCACAGCGAAGGAGUUGGCAAAGCAAUAUUGGUUGUUCGCAAAUCAGAACCCACACCAUGACAUCCUUGCCGCAGAGAACUUCUCCCUGCAGUUCACGGAUCUCUUCCAACAGUAUUUCAGAAACGAGGUGAGGGAAGGCUGGGGCAUGGACCAAUACAGGAUUUUUCCUUUCAGUAGAGUAAAGGAUUAUAGAGAGACAGGUAGCAGGACAUCAGAGGAGCCUCCUAGUACGGUUGCAGCAAAAGUAGAGGUGGACUUAACACCUCACCAUGAAAACACAGAACAGACAGCUAGUGACACUUCUGUCCACAAUGUGCCAAAAACUUGGAGUACAGAGGAGCUUGGAAACAACAUCACACCUGCUCCUCCAAGACCAUUCAUUAGAUUCUCCUUCAAUCAAAUUCGUAGAAGCCUUCGAAAUAUUUUCCGUAGGAGAUCUGCAGAUUCAAACCCUCCAGAAAACAGGGAAAUAGACUCGGAUACAAACGUUUCACAUUCCUGGCAUGGCUUACAUAAGAGGAUUUUACCAUGGACUUUAAUCAGGGAGCCAGUGGUUGAAAUCCGAAAGGAAGGAACUUUGAACUACAGUAUGGUAGAUGAGGCAAGCAUGGACAGUGGAACACUUUGGCAGAGGUGCAGAUUAGUUUUACGGAAAGCAAGUCCUUCAGACAGUGAAGAAUAUCUUAUGGAGUUGUACGAUCCACCCAAGUGUUCCAAACCAAAAUUACGGGUUCAUUGUUCUGCCAUCCAUGAAAUUAGAAAAUGCAGCCGCCUGGAGAUGCCGGAUAACAUUAACACAUUUGUGCUCAAGGAUAGUGCCACUGAAGUUAUUUUUGAAGUUGCAGAUGACCAGCAACUAAAUUUGUGGACAACAGAAAUCAGAAAAUGCACGAACCGUGGGACAGAAGAAACAGAUGGAGACACGCAGUCGCCGGUUCACUCAGACCCCAUGUCACAGACUCUCGGCGGUGGCAGCACUGACACCAUCAUCCAAGGCGCUGCUGUCUUUGUGCCUUCAGAACAGUGUUGUCAUAAAACCGACCAUUUAUUGGCUUCUUAUCCAUGGUUUCAUGGGCCCAUCUCUCGAGUCAAAGCAGCUCAUCUUGUACAAGCUCAGGGAUAUGAAGGUCAUGGGGUUUUCCUUCUACGGCAAAGUGAAACGCGAAGGGGAGAAUAUGUCCUUACAUUUAAUUUCCAAGGCAGAGCAAAGCACUUACGCCUUACGCUGACUGAAAGGGGUCAGUGCCGGGUCCAGCACCUGCGCUUCCUAUCUGUCUUAGAAAUGCUUCACUACUUCCGCCUUCACCCAAUUCCACUUGAAUGUGGAGCCGCUGGAGAUGUGAAGUUGUCUGGUUUCGUGGUGUCCUCUGCUCAUUCACAAGACCAGAACCCCACAGUCAGCACAUUACUGUUCCCAUUGCCAAUCCAGAGGUCAAGUUCAGAUCGUAGCAUCUCCCCACAGGCCAGCUUGGGGCAACACCCCUUCACAGAUGACCUUCACCCCAGCUCCUACUCUGAACAGAUUUUCCAUUUGGUACCCCCUCCAGAAGAACUGGCCCGGAACUUUUUGCUGAGUGAGUCCAGCAGGGCCCAAACAAGUCGUCAGAGGGAAUCUGACUAUGAAAUGGAUUCUUCCUCAAGGGGCCACAUACGGGCAAUAGACAAUCCUUACACGCCUCUAUGACAAUGCGGUAGUGUGCUGUACAUGCUGAACUGACACGUUUACUUUUCUACAGUCACAAAAGCCUUAACACAUGCAAACAAGCCAAGAGUUUAACCUGUUUCUGUUUUAUUAUUAUGUUGCAGGGAUGAGUGAAAGUGUACAUCCCCUCUGGGUGUUAUUCUAUUAGGCCUGUUAAAGGGCCCUUCUUUCUUCUGCACACUAGGCCUAGGAUGGCCCUGGAAGCAGCGAAGGGUUAAGUUGUGAGCAAUUUAUGAGCUUGUUUUCCUGUUACUGUUUACAAAAGGUAAUUACUUAUAAGUGUUCUACUCCAAUGCUAUGGAGUGGAUGGAGUGGUGACAUUCUUCCAUGUUACACAUACCUGAUAAUGACCAAGACUGUCCAACUACUGGCCUGUUCCUGCGUCAUCAUCAGUAUGUCAUUGUUGUUACUAUUUGAAAGCUCUGUCCUUAGUAUGUCUAACUAUAGCCUGCUUAGUAUUAUCAGGCACUAAAUGAUAAAAAACGCAUAGCACUUCCUCACCAUAAUAGGAUUAUUUGUUGUCAGGGCAUAGAGGUGCAGCCAUGAUGUGAUUUUUUCAGCCAAUGAAAAAAAAGAGAUAUCAUAUUUUUAGUAUACUCUUUCAUACAACAAUCUGUGAAAAAUUUGAUAUUUAAAUGUGCCUUAGGCUGGUUACUCCGUGGUUAUUGCCUUGAAUUCAUCACUUGGCAUGGCUGCAUGGGCCAAAGAUUACAGAGGAUAUGUGUCAACAGGACCCAUGCAGCAGCCAAGCAACCACAGGACACUAACCCCACCGUAGCUGGGCCCUAAUAUAAAUUGUUUAUUUGCACAACCUGGUCUCAAGAAUUUACUUAUCUGUAACUUGUAAGCCUCCUUGACUGCAGGUGUUACAUUUACUGCUCAACAACUGAGCAGAACAACCAUAUCAUUUAGUUUGCUACUCAAAAGACAUCAAGCCCCUAUGAACGUUGGUCGAUAGGGGAAUCUAUUCUGUCUAUAGUUCGAUGUUGUGGCCUGCAAAUACUUUUUCUAGCUGUAAUGCACACAAAGAAGAGUAGCAGUACACACCUUGUGAAAGGUGGAAUUACACACUGGAACGUGCUGGCCUACACCAGUAAAGAGUUCUUGUGAGACAUGUGCAAUCCGUUUUGUUCCGAAUCAAAAAUUUAAUGUAUCCGAAUUCCUCAUCACAAUAGUAACGAAUGUAAACAAAUUCUCCAAAAUAACUAAACGAAAUUCGUCCAAAAUAACAAAAUUCUAAUUCGAUUUAAAUUUGGAAAUGAAUAUGAAAUGUGAACAUAUUGACAUUUUUAGAUGUGAAAAAGUUGGCAGCCACAUUCGAAUGUCGAUUCGCAUUUUAUGAAUUCAGUCAAAUUUGGAUUUUUUUUUAUCAAAUUCGAAAAUGAAUAAACAAAACAAAACUAAACAAAUCCAAAAACGGAUUUAACAAAACAAAAUUGGUUAAUGAAUUGAAGCAAAGCAUUUAUUUUUCACUCUGCACAUGUCUAAUUCUUGUUCUGUGUAAUUCAUACUGGUAACCAGUAAUCAUACAGUCUGCUAAAGCCAUACCAACGUACAAUGGAUUAUCUGUUAUGGGUUAUUGCACUAAAGCAGUAGCAUUUACAAAUAAGAGAUCUUUAUUGUUUGCAAUUUGCACCUGUUGUAGAAGUACAAGCUGUGUCUACAGCAUUGAGGUGCACUGAGCAUUAAAAUGCAUCUCUGAAAUCAAACAAU